CGACUGAUCUAUCCCUUCUCUUGAAGAAAGAGAGAGAGAGGAGAGAGAGUUUUCCUUAAAGUUCUAAUAAUUGUUAUUUUUCUCAUAUUUGUUUUGUUGUCUCCCAAACCCAAUCCCAAGAGUCUUUCUUCCUCACUUGACUACAACCGAACCCAGUGCACAUUCUCCAGCUGGGGCUCUCUUCCCCAGAUCCAUCCUAACCCACCAUACAUACUCACCACUCAACCUAUAACACACAUAGGCCGGACCAUCUUUCACUAGUUGUUUGCAGUUCAACUCCAUAAGUUAACAACAAAAAUGGCUUCCCCAAACCCACCAGCCUUCGAUAUGCAGAAAUUAUUCAACCCCCCACCGCCUCCCUCUACCUCUCUCCCCAAUUCCACCCCUAAUCCCCAAAAUUUCGUCGCUGUCACUAACCCUAAUCUGUCUUCGGCCCCUUUCCCGCCUCCCUCCGCCUCCUACCCUCCGCCCACCGGAGGCGCCUACACCUUUCCGCCCCAGACGGCGCCCUUCCACUACCAUCCUGUCUACCCCGCCUUUUCCAACCCACCGCAGCCCCACCAGGACGCGCAUCCGCAGAGGUCGCUGUCUUUUCCCACGCCGCCACUCCAGCCACAGGGGCAGACGCCUACGGCCCCUCAUCAUCCCAAUUUCAGCAAUCCCCCUAAUCCCCAAAACCCUAAUAACCAUGGAGCUCGGUUGAUGGCACUGUUGAGUGCGCCUCCGUCCACGCUCCAAGUCCCUCAGCAGCAGACUUCUAUGGCUAUGCCUCAAAUCCAUCCGACUUCCUCUUCGGGCUCGGAUUUGUUCUUACAGCAGAACUUGCCAUCUGGGCCGGGGUCUGUGAUUUCGCACCAGUCGCCUGUGAUGCGGAUGCCGAGCAGUAAACUCCCCAAGGGACGGCAUCUGACUGGAGAUCGGUUGAUUUACGACAUAGAUGUUAGAUUUCCCGGCGAGGUGCAGCCUCAGCUAGAGGUUACACCCAUUACAAAAUAUGGUUCAGACCCUGGGCUAGUUGUAGGCAGACAGAUUGCAGUUAAUAAAACAUAUAUAUGCUAUGGGCUGAAAUUGGGCGCUAUAAGGGUGCUCAAUAUCAAUACUGCUCUGAGAUCAUUGCUAAAAGGUUUAGGCCAGAGGGUCACAGACAUGGCUUUCUUUGCUGAGGACGUUCCCCUUUUGGCUAGUGCAAGUGUGGAUGGUCGGGUUUAUGUCUGGAAGAUUACCGAAGGUCCAGAUGAAGAAGACAAACCUCAAAUUACUGGAAGGAUCAAUAUUGCUAUACAGAUUACUGGACAAGGGGAAUCUGUUCAUCCUAGAGUUUGUUGGCAUUGUCAUAAACAAGAAGUUCUUGUGGUGGGAAUUGGGAGAUAUGUUUUGAAGAUAGACACCACAAAAGUUGGAAAAAGUGAAAAGUUUUCAGCUGAGGAACCACUUAGUUGCCCCAUUAAUAAGUUGAUUGACGGGGUCCAACUAGUUGGCAGCCAUGAUGGAGAAGUGUCUGACUUGUCUAUGUGCCAGUGGAUGACAACACGUUUGGUAUCGGCUUCAGUAGAUGGCACGAUUAAGAUUUGGGAAGAUCGGAAGUCACAGCCUGUUGCAGUUCUUCGGCCACAUGAUGGCCUGCCUGUUAAUUCUGUGACGUUUUUGGCUGCUCCUCAUCGACCAGAUCAUAUCAUACUCAUCACAGGGGGACCACUGAAUCGGGAAGUAAAGAUCUGGGUAUCAGCAAGUGAAGAAGGCUGGUUGCUUCCUAGUGAUGCUGAAUCAUGGCAUUGUACUCAAACGUUCGAGUUGAAGAGUUCAGAGGCUCGAGCAGAGGAAGCUUUUUUCAAUCAAGUAGUGGCAUUGUCGCAAGCUGGUCUUAUUUUAUUGGCAAAUGCCAAGAGGAAUGCUAUAUAUGCUGUGCACCUGGAAUAUGGUCCUAACCCGGCGGCAACCCGCAUGGAUUAUAUAGCAGAGUUUACGGUCACCAUGCCAAUACUCAGUUUCACAGGGACAAGCGAGUUUCUUCCUCAUGGUGAUCAAAUUGUGCAGGUAUAUUGUGUCCAGACACAAGCAAUUCAGCAGUAUGCUUUAGACUUGUCACAGUGUUUGCCACCCCCAUUGGAGAAUGUCGUCUUUGAGAAAUCAGGCUCCAAUGUCUCUUUGGAUGCUGCUACUGCUCCAGAUGUAGAACCUUCUAGUGGGAAACCAACUGAGUUAUCCAUAUCUAGUUCUGCUCCUAAAGUAUCCAUUCAUGAAAGUGGAUUGGAAGGUGCAUCUACAGUGAGAUACCCUGUUAUCCAUGCUCCUGCUGAGUCACCCAUGCCACAGGAGUUCACUUCAGCUACUGAAACAAAAUUAGUUACUCAACCCGAGGUUGCUAAUGAUGGAGUUUCUUCUGCUGCUUCACCUCCACUUCCUUUAAGCCCAAGGUUGUCUAAGACACAUUCUGGCUUCAGAAGUCAAUUGAGUGGCCAUGGUUUUUCAACCAGUGAUCGUGGUUCAGAUCCAAAAAUUGUUGAAUACUCAGUUGACAGGCAAAUGGAUGUUCAUGCAAACCUAUCAGAUGUUACUUCAUUGGAUGGUGAUUCAAGGAAUGGUGAUAACGAACUCUUCCAAGAUGAGUCUGCAGCUGUCAACCAACCGGUUAAGUUCAAGCACCCCACUCAUUUGGUGACACCUUCUGAAAUUUUAAUGGCCAAUUCGGUCUCUGAAGUGAGCCACACCGUUGACCCCAGAAGUGAAGCUGAUGUGAAAUUUCAAGAUGUGGUAGUCAGCAAUGACACCAGAAAUGUUGAGAUGGAGGUAAAAGUUGUGGGUGAGACGAGAUUUAGUCAAAGUAAUGAUAUGGGACCUCCCCCGGAACUUAAGAAGACAGAACCUAAGGAAAAAUCCUUUUGCUCUCAGGCAUCCGAUCCAGGAGUUGAGGUGGCUCGAGAAUGUCGUGUUUUAUCUCCUGAAGCUUAUACUGUCGGUGAAGCUAGGCAGUUUGAUGGGACUGGUGAAUCUGAAACAAUUGCUCAGUCCACAACUGCAGAUGAGGUCCAUGAAUCUGUGAAGGAUGCUUCUCGGCAGGGCACUGAUUCAUCGACUCCUAUACCAGCUCAGCAACAACCUUCAACAAUUGUAAAAGGUAAAAAGCAGAAGGGUAAGAGUGGUCAAGGAUCAGGACCAUCUUCACCAUCACAAAGUGCUUUCAAUUCAACAGAUUCCUCAACUGAACAAGGUGUUUGCUUAAGUACACCAAUAGAGAAUGCAUUCCCACAGAUAUAUUCCAUGCAAGAGAUGCUGAAUCAGCUUGUAUCUAUGCAAAAAGAAAUGCAGAAGCAGAUGGCAGCUAUGGUUGCUGCCCCAGUCAACAAAGAAGGCAAAAGACUUGAGGCAGCAUUGGGGCGGAGCAUGGAGAAAGCUGUGAAAUCUAAUGCUGAUGCAUUGUGGGCCCGUAUUCAAGAAGAGAAUGUUAAGCAGGACAAGGCAGUAAGGGAGCGCAUGCAACAAUUAACUAAUAUGAUCAACAGUUGCUUAAACAAGGACCUACCUGUAAUUAUUGAGAAAACUGUAAAGAGAGAACUGGCUGCCCUGGGGCAAUCUGUGGCGCGAACAAUCACUCCCACCAUAGAGAAGAUAGUAUCCACCACCAUUGCUGAGAGCUUCCAGAAAGGUGUCGGUGAUAAAGCUGUAAAUCAACUAGAGAAAUCUGUCAAUACCAAACUCGAAGCCACUGUUGCUAGGCAAAUCCAAGCUCAGUUUCAAACUUCUGGCAAACAAGCUCUUCAGGAAACACUGAAAUCAAGUUUGGAAAGUUCUGUGAUCCCAGCAUUUGAGAUGUCAUGCAGAGCCAUGUUUGAGCAGGUGGAUGCCACAUUCAAGAAUGGACUAGUUGAACAUUCGGCAGCAGCUCAGCAACAAUUUGACGCAUCGCAUUCACCAUUGGCAAUUGCACUAAGGGAUGCCAUAAAUUCAGCAUCAUCAAUGACCCAAACUUUAAGCAGUGAGAUUCUUGAUGGUCAAAGGAAAUUGUUAGCUCUUGCUGCAAACACUAAAGCAGCAAAUCCGUUGAUUAGUCAUCUGAGCAAUGGUCCUCUGGGUGGUCUCCAUGACAAGCUCGAGGCACCUCUUGACCCGACAGCGGAAAUAUCUCGACUGGUAGCCGACCGCAAGUAUGAGGAGGCUUUUACUGCUGCCCUGCAGAGGACUGAUGUUAAUAUUGUAUCCUGGUUAUGUGCUCAGGUUGACCUGCCAGGGAUAUUGUCCAUGAAUCCGGUGCCUUUGAGUCAGGGUGUACUCCUCUCUCUUCUGCAGCAGUUGGCUUGUGACAUCAGCAAAGACACCUCUCGGAAGCUGACAUGGAUGAGAGAAGUUCUAUCUGCUAUAAACCCAUCAGAUGCAAUGAUUGUGGUCCACGUGCGUCCCAUCUUUGAGCAAGUCUACCAGAUACUGAAUCACCACCGUAACCUUCCGACUUGUAGUGGAGCUGAGCUUUCCAACAUCCGCCUCAUCAUGCAUGUCAUUAAUUCCAUGUUAAUGACUUCCAAAUGAUGCAAGUCCCGUUAGUUGUGGGUGGUUUUAUGCAACUCAGUAAGCUUCAUACAGAUUCCUAGGGAUAUUGGGGGAGGGAAGGAAGGAAUGCUAUGUAGAGUAGAGUUUGUAAUCUUGCUUUCGUUUUUAUUUUUAAUUUUUAUGAGGUGGAAGAAGAUUGGGUGAACAUCCAGAUUCAUUGUGUGUUGAUGUUUCAGCAGGACAGUCGCUGUUUGUUUAUAAGCAAUUUUGUGUUUUGUAUACUGGGCUCUGGGUCUUGACAUCCAGAUUCAUUGUGUUGAUGUUUCAACAGGACAAUUGUUGUUUGUUUAUAAGCAAAUUUUCGUUUUGUAUACUGGGCUCCGGGUCUUUUGAGAAGUUUGUGUACUCUCACAUGUACCUGUGUACCUGUAUUAGUGCUCCUGAUUUGAUGUUCUUGCUUUCCUCCAAGGCGUUGUCUUUCAAGAAAGUCAGUGUUGGUCACCAUGAUCGACCAUUUGGAGUUUAAAUAACUUGAUUAUUUUGAACUUAUGAUCAAUGUUUUGACUACUUUGACUACUUCCUCUAUGCUCUGACUACAUAUUUGAUAGUCCAAGAUUCUCUCAUUAUGCAGAAUAUAAGAAUGCGGAGUAGUGGAUAAUAUGACUUUGGGAAUGCAAAGAGUCUCAGUUAAUCUCACUUGGUUCUGGUUAAUUAGUUGUCC